ACACUUCCACCCAUGGCCGACUGUAGGUGAUCCAGCUCCGCCAGUCUCCAGCAGGUGUCCACCAUGGCGAGCACGGCAAGCGGAUCUCUGGCGCGCUCUCUCUCCCUCCUCGUCAUUUCGACGGCGUUUCUCCUGAAAGGAGCUGCUGAAACCGUCACAGUGGAAGGUCAGAACCUGGCAACCGACAACGUGACAGUGGUGGAGGGCGAGACGGCCACCAUCAGCUGCAGGGUGAGGAAUAACGACGAUUCGGUCAUCCAGCUGCUCAACCCCAACCGGCAGACCAUCUACUUCAGGGAUGUCAGACCCCUAAAGGACAGUCGGUUCCAGCUGGUUAAUUUCUCGGACAACGAACUGCGGGUGUCUCUGUCCAACGUGUCACUCUCCGACGAGGGACGCUACGUCUGCCAGCUCUACACCGACCCACCUCAGGAGGCCUACGCAGACAUCACCGUCCUAGUGCCUCCAGGAAACCCAAUCAUCGAGAGCCGCGAUGACGUGGUCAGCGAGGGCAACGAGACGGAGCUCACCUGCACGGCUAUGGGCAGCAAGCCAGCCGCCUCCAUCAGAUGGAUGAAAGGAGAGAUAGAACUGAGAGGUGAAACAACAGUGGAAGAGACGUACGACAGGAUGUUUACUGUCACCAGCCGGGUACGGUUCUCUGUCAGCAAAGAGGACGACGGCGUGCCCGUGGAUUGCAUCAUUGACCAUCCGGCCGCCAGCGACCUGCUGGCACAAAGGAACUUGGAAGUGCUAUAUAAACCAGAAGUGAAGAUCGUGGUGACGUAUCCUGAAGGAUUAACUCGAGAAGGUGACAAUCUCGAUCUGACGUGCAUCGCAGAAGGAAAACCACAUCCUCACCAGAUCAACUGGCUGAGGGUGGACGAGGACGUGCCGCCUCACGCCGUGGUCACAGGCUCGGAUCUUUACAUCGAGAACCUCAACAAGUCCUUCAACGGCACGUAUCGCUGUGUGGCGUCCAACGCUGUGGGCGAGGCCUACGAUGACUACAUCCUCUACGUGUAUGAUGCUCCCACUACUGUCCCCACACCCACCACCAACCCAGUCAACACGCAAGACUCUCGAGCCGGCGAGGGGGCGCCGCCCAAAAUCGACCACGCCGUCAUCGGCGGGGUGGUUGCCGUAGUGAUGUUUGCCAUCCUCUGCGCGCUCAUUGUCCUUGGUCGAUACUUUGCCAGACACAAAGGCACCUACUUCACGCACGAAGCCAAAGGAGCGGACGACGCCGCCGACGCCGACACGGCCAUCAUCAACGCCGAGGGUGGACACAACAACACAGAUGAGAAAAAGGAGUAUUACAUCUAAAAGUAAAAAAGUGGAGCUAUUGGGUCAAACUUUGAUUAGGUUGAUUGUUAGGGGGAGGGGCCAGACUUAAUGAGGAUGACCUGGGACUGGCAUGGCCACAUGUUAAGAAGAGUCUCCUUUCUAAACCCUUUCUGGACUGCUGGGGCCGAGAUAUUAUGUACAGUUUCUUUAUUUUACAGACAAUUUUGUGCCUUGUUCUAUUUCUUUUGUCCCUCCCACAUGCUUGUUGCUUUAGAUAUUUUAACAUGGACUGUUUUGGGCAAGAUGAUCGUGGCCUGUGUGUGUGUGUGUGUGUGUGUGCGUGCGAGCUUGGAGUUUGUCGCCUUGCACAAAUAUAAUACUCAUCAUCAUUGGGUUUUUUUUUUUAACGUUUUUUUUUUUAUUUGCAAGUCAUCUUAAAGAUUUUUUUUUUUGCAAGUCAUCUUAAAGGUUAACAACCUGGACACAGUGUCAACACAUUCAUAUCUAACGGACCAGAGGCCAGCUCUUGCUGUGAUUUCAUAACUCUUGCUGCUCAAAAAUGUCUGCCGGGUGUUUCGGGUUUACAUGCUGACAAAAAGCCACUUUAUUAGGUAGACUGCAAAAACUGAAACCUAAGUAAGACGAAAUUUCGCAAAUAAUGGGGAUAUUUGCUUAUUUUCUGUCCGAUAAGAUAAUUCUUCUCACUAAGCAGAUUUUAUGUUAGAGUUUUUACUCGUUUUAAGGGUUUUAGCCCUAAAUGAUCUCAGUAAGAUAUUACAGCUUGUUGCAGAAAUGUUAUGACCUAUAUUGAGUAAAACAUGGAACUGUUACAAAGCUGUGUCAUCAACCAUCAUUCAUCGUACCAUGAAUUGAUAAAUGUGUACCCCGACUUUAACAAGUUGAAAAACGUAUUCGGGUGUUACCAUUUAGUGGUCAAUUGUACGGAAUAUGUACUGUACUGUGCAAUCUACACCGCAAAAACUGAAAUCUAAGUAAGCUUAAAUAUCUCAAAUAAGAGUGAUAUUUGCUUGUUUUCUGUCUGAUAGGAUCAUUUUUCUCACUAAGCAGAUUUUAUGUUAAAAGUGUUGUAAUUGUUUUAAGGGUUUUGGCCCUAAAUUAUCUCAGUAAGAUAUUACAGCUUGUUGCUGAGAUGUUAUGACCUAUAUUGAGUAAAACAUGCUUGAAACUACAAUAUCAAGUGUUGCAAAGCCGUGUGAUCUACACUCACAAGUAUAAAACUACUUUUUUUAAAAGUAAUACUUUCCUAUUUCAAGCAUGAAAAAAGACUUCUCAUAAUUAAAACAGAUGACAUCCCUUUGCUUUUUUUUUUCAAUGAAACAGUAGAAAAUAGGUACUCCUAUAGUAGUACAGUUGGCAGAGUACAGUAAACUGACAGUUAAUAUUUAAACAUGUGACAUUUUUAACAAUUUUCAAAAGAAAAGGUUCGUGCACAUUCAGAUGAAUUGUUCAAAAUUACAAUUUUGGCCGGGCUGUAUAUAUGCGCACUAAUUGACUGCAAGAGCACGCGCGAUGAUGUCAUGUUGUCGAUGGAAAAAUGCAUUUUUAGACCGUAUGAUUUGCCUGAGCGGCUAGGAGACCCUGAGAGUAACAAGCGCUUGCCUUGUUGGCUUUUCAUUAAGAACAUUAAAUGAGUUUUUAGUAUAAGUUUGCUGGUUUCAAGAAAUUUAAUAUCAUUAUUUCAAGAUAAUGGCACUAGCAUUUACUUCAUUUAACAAUAUUUUUCAACAUAUUGAGCAAAAAGGUCUCAUAUUUUUUUUUCUACCAAGAAAAGUGCACUUGUUAUUAGUGAGAAUAUACUUAUUUUAAGGUAUUUUGGGGUUCAUUGAGGUUAGCUCAUUUUACUUGUUUUAAAAAGUCUUGAUAAGCCGAAUUUUCUUGUUCUAUUGGUAGAUAAUAUUGCUAAGUUCAAGUAAAAUACCCCUCAUUUUUGUAUUUUUUUUUCUUGUUUUUGAAGACUGACUUUUUGCAGUGUACACCUUAUCAUCGUCGGACAAAGGCAGUUACUUUACAUCAUCCCUAGAGACCUUUUAAGACCUGCUGGAUCCCCUAGAAUUAUUAUUAUUUUUUCAAUUUAAUGUAUGGUCAUCCCUCAUUUAUCGCUGUUAAUUGGUUCCAAAAAAACUAGUAGGAAUCAUUAGUCAAAUAUUUUAAUUGCUAGAGCAUAAAAAGUCAGUUUAAGAGACAUAUAGAUAUAAAAUAACAACCUUUAAUCACCGUUACACUCUUUUGAUCCAAUAUUGUAAUGGUGCCUGACAGAGGCUGAGCCAAUCAGUGGCCAUGAUACUCAACGGCCUGCUCUGAAAUCUAAAAAUCUAAAUACUACAGUAGAGGAGUCUACUGUAGUAUUUAGAUUUUUUUUUGUUUAUUUAGCCAUGUGCAUCCUUGAAAAUGCUUCCUUUAGGACCAGAAAAAAUCUAGAAAAUUAAAAAACUGACGAAUUCUAAGUGAGGUGUGGCAUCUUGCUUCAAAGUUGUCAGUUUUUUUACCGAAUAAAGUGGCUGGCGAGUCCGUUGUUUUUGAUUUUUAUUGAGUCGUCUGUGCAGAUUUGAAGAAAGCGGUUUACUCUCGAUAGCUAUGAGGUGAUUUUAGGUAUACUGUUUGUGUAAAGUGGCACUGCUGUGAUGCACCGCGAGUGCAAAUGUUCAGUAUUGAUCGUCAAUAGUUUUGUCAAGUUGGAUGUUUUGAAAUGAUCAUCGGAGAACGUUAGAAUUGCAAAAUGCACUAGAUUAACAUGUGGUCCGAAAUAAAACAACAUUCCAAUCUUGCUACUUUCAUCAGUCAAUCUUUUCCUUCAUUUUUCAAGGCAGUGGUCCCAAAAUGUAAUUAUUCGUACUUCCACUUGCCUGAUCAAAAAUACAAUAUGCUCCACUCUUUGGGGAGGUACGUUGGUUUUAAGGUUACAGUUUGGUUCAUUUUUAGCGUAAAAAAAAAACCCAACAUAUACUGUACUUUUCAGAUUAUAGGUCGCUCCGGAGUAUACCUGCCAAAAAUGCUUACUAAAAAAGGGAAAAAAACAUAUAUAAGUCGCAUUUUUGGGGGAAAUUUAUUUGAUAAAACCCAACACCAAGAAUAGACAUUUGAAAGGCAAUUUAAAAUAAAUAAAGAAUAGUGAACAACAGGCUGAAUAAGUGUACGUUAUAUGAGGCAUAAAUAACCAACUGAGAAGGUGCCUAACCUAACAUAUUAUGGUAAGAGUCAUUCAAAUAACUAUAACAUAUAGAACAUGCUAUACCUUUACCAAACAAUCUGUCACUACUAAUCGAUAAAUCCCAUGAAAUCUUCUUCCUCGAUGUCGCUUCUAAACAACUCUGCCAACUCCAAAGGUAUGCGCCGCUUCCUCUUGUCGUUUUCUGCUGCAUAUUUCACUAUUUCCAUCUUGUAAUCUGCAUUACAAUCUGUACAUGAUUUCCUUUUCGGUGCCAUUUUCGUUCAGCCCUUCUCAGUUUUUAUAAAUUACCGCCAACGAUGAAAUGAUCCAUUUUAAUAGCUACGGCAGUAGCAUAUAGCAUAUAGCAGUUAGCAUCCCAUGACCCUCCCCCGCCGAAUUCUUAUUGGUUGACGUGUGUGUGACGAUUGCUGACAAUUUCUUAUUCUCUUCCGCGAAUGAGAUAUAUAAUAUUUGAUAUUGUGUAAUCCAUCCAUCUAUCCAUCUUCUUCCGCUUAUCCGAGGUUGGGUCGCGGGGGCAACAGCCUAAGCAGGGAAACCCAGACUUCCUUCUCCCCAGCCACUUCGUCUAGCUCUUCCCGAGGAAUCCCGAGGCGUUCCCAGGCCAGCCGGGAGACAGUCUUCCCAACGUGUCCUGGGUCUUCCCCGUGGCCUCUUACCGGUUGGACGUGCCCUAAACACCUCCCCAUGGAGGCGUUCGGGUGGCAUCCUGACCAGAUGCCCGGACCACUUCAUCUGGCUCCUCUCGAUGUGAAGGAGCAGCGGCUUUACUUUGAGUUCCUCCCAGAUGACAGAGCUUCUCACCCUAUCUCUAAGGGAGAGCCCCGCCACACGGCGGAGGAAACUCAUUUCGGCCGCUUGUACCCGUGAUCUUAUCCUUUCGGUCAUGAUCCAAAGCUCAUGACCAUAGGUGAGGAUGGGAACGUAGAUCGACCGGUAAAUUGAGAGCUUUGCCUUCCGGCUCAGCUCCUUCUUCACCACAACGGAUCGGUACAAGGUCUGCAUUACUGAAGACGCCGCGUCGAUCUCAUGAUCCACUCUUCCCGCACUCGUGAACAAGACUCCCAGGCACUUGAACUCCUCCACUUGGGGCAGGGUCUAAUCCCCUACCCGGAGAUGGCAUUCCACCUUUUUCCGUGCGAGAACCAUGGACUCGGACUUGGAGGUGCCGAUUCUCAUUCCGGUCGCUUCACACUCGGCUGCGAACCGAUCCAAUGAGAGCUGAACAUCCCGGUCAGAUGAAGCCAUCAGGACCACAUCAUCUGCAAAAAGCAGAGACCUAAUCCUGCGGUCACCAAACCGGAUCCCCUCAACGCCUUGACUGCGCCUAGAAAUUCUGUCCAUAAAAGUUAUGAACAGAGUCGGUGACAAAGGACAGCCUUGGCGGAGUCCAACCCUCACUGGAAAUGUGUUCGACUUACUGCCGGCAAUGUGGACCAAGCUCUGGCACUGAUCAUACAGGGAGCGGACCGCCACAAUAAAACAGUCCGAUACCCCAUACUCUCUGAGCAUAUUGUGUAAUCUGCAGUACAUAAUUUCUUUUUCGGUGCCAUUUUCGUUCAGCCCUUCUCAGUUUUUAUAGGUUACCGCCAACGAUGAAAUGAUCAAUUUUAAUAGCUACGGCAGUAGCAUAUAGCAGUUAGCAUUCCAUGACCAACAAUGCACUUCUGCCAUGACCCUCCCCUGCCAAAUUCUUAUUGGUUGACGUGUGUGUGAAGAUUGCUGACAUUUUCUUUGUCUCUUUCGCGGAAGAAACAAAUAAUAUUAUUUGAUAUUUUACGGUAAUGUGUUAAUAAUUUAACACAAAUAGCUCCGAAAAAUAUGUCGUACCCAUCGCCCAAAAAAAAAAAUGUGACUUAUAGUCCGAAAAAUACGGUAUUUAGGUCUCAGUGCUUAACUUCGCCAAAUUCAUGCUCCUCCUCAUCAGAUACAAGGGGGAGGAUUUGUUCAUUCCAACAUGGUUAAAACUCCCACCGUGUCUUUUCUCAUUAAUAAUUGUGGAUUAUUGUGUGAUAUUUAUUACCCGAGAGAUGGGCGGAUCAAAAGCAAAUAUUGUCUGAAGAUUUCCUGUCAGUCGACAGCAGGAUGAUUAUGUUGAGUCUCACAGAUGACUUGAAGAAAUAUAUACCCUCCGGUAGUCGCUCAUAAAAAUCCUAUGAAAAUAUAUUAAAACAUGAAAUCCAUCACAUUUCGUACCACCCACAUGCUCUACCCAAUAUGAUAAUUACGCAUGUGAGCAUUAAUAAAAAAAAAGUCCACUUUGCACACUCACUCUGAAUAUUUGUCGCAGUGUGGAUGAACGUAUUGCUUCAUUUUCCAAAGCUGCAUGUUUGUGGUAUGUCAAAUACGGGACAGACAGAUCCAAAAUAUUGACAACAUUACUAGACUCAGCUCCACAUUGUUGCUGCCAUUUAUAAACCAGAGGAGAAAAUGGCAUUGAAUCAGUGAAAAAGUGAAUUUUUUGACACGUUACCUUUAGGCUGUCUUUGAUUGAACUUGAAAGGCUGACUGCACCAUCAAGUUGUCAAGCAAUUUAAAAAAAAUCCCCCCAAAAAAAUCACAUUCUUACUGUCGCCCAACCACCUCAAACCUUCACUUUAUGUUUCAGAACAUAAAGGCUGUCCCUGCUAGUUAUUACGACACUGAAACAUAUAGGAUAACCACUGCCUUAAUGCCACCUCCUGGUACGUAUCGCUGGUAAGGAAGGACGUAUGUAGUGCCUUCUUUCAUUCCGAGGCAUACGCUUGGUUGUACAGAAUCGGUAUGUACACUUCAAAGUAUAUCUUGUAUAUUUGUGUCCUCUUUCUAAACAAAAGGCGUCGUCGCACCAUAAAACCUGUAUUAGCAUCAGCAGCUGCAGUGGUGUUGUACAAAAGCUUGGAUGAGCAGAGAUGUUGUAUUUAUUAUGUAUUAAAUUGAUGAUUCCAAAUGUUAAUUUGAUGAGUAAUUGUUAUUUAUUUGGAAGUGUGAUAGGCCUGAGUGAGGGAAGUACAGUGGAUAUAGAAAGUGAGGACACCCGUUUAAAGAUUAACAUGGUCUGAUGUAGAAUAAAUGAAUAUUACUUAUGUGAAUAGUUGCUAAAACCUUAAUACUUUUGGAAUAUUGAACCAAUUUUUUUCUUCAUAUUUGUAAUAAUUUCUAAAGGCUUACUGUAAAAACACGACCACAACAACUCCAAUCAUGCUUAUUUUCAUUAAGCUCAAGUCUGCUGCGAGAUAUAGCUGAAUAAUUUCAGCACAAAAUCAUAUUUGAGAAUCUGUACGACAGGCCUGGAAAAUUAUUUUGCCUCGGGGGCCAAAUUUAGCGAAAAAAAAUGUGUCUGGGUGCCGGUAUAUCUAUUUUUAGGAACACUAAUACAAAACCUCACAAUAAUGUCUGAUUAAAUGCUAAUAACGUUAUGACAGACCGCCUUAAAAAACGGGAAUGGAAUUUUAUUUUUUUUUACUGAAUGAGACACCCAGUACGUACAUGAAAAUAAAGAAUCUGGGAUUAACAAUAUUAACUAUGACCGAUUAAACACUGAAUAUUGACAACAUAUGUAAUUAACUAUGACCGAUAAAACACUGAAUAUUGACAACAUAUGUACAGGUAUAUGACAUACUUGAAAAUAUAUACACCCCCGCUACCCCUAAAACAUAGAUUACAAUAGUAACUAAUUAGAUUGCCAUGGUAACUAAUUAGUUUACUAUACUAACUAAUUAGAUUGUCAUAGUAACUAAUUAGAUUACCAUAGUAAGUAAUUAGAUUACCAUAGUAACUAAUUGGAUUGCCAUAGUAACUAGUAUACCGUGGAGGAAGAAGAAUACUGAGUUGCAUCCCAAGAACACCAUACCUACUGUGAAGCAUGGGGGUGGAAACAUCAUGCUUUGGGGCUGUUUUUAUGCUAAGGGGACAGGACGAUUGAUCCGUGUUAAGGAAAGAAUGAAUUGCACAAUCGGUGGCUGACUAAAUACUUUUUUGCCCCACUGUAUGCGCCACACUGUGAACCCACACCAAACAAGAAUGACAAACAUAUUUCGGGAGAACAUCCGCACCGUAACACAACAUAAACACAACAGAACAAAUACCCAGAACCCCUUGCAGCACUAACUCUUCCGGGACGCUACAAUAUACACCUCCCGCUAUCCCCUACCUCGCCCACCUCAACCUCCUCAUGCUUUCUCAGCGAGAGCAUAUCCCAAAUUCCAAGCUGCUGUUUUGAGGCAUGUUAAAAACAAUAAUGCACUUUGUGACUUCAAUAAUAAAUAUGGCAGUGCCAUGUUGGCAUUGGCAUUUUUUUUCCGUAACUUGAGUUGAUUUAUUUUGGAAAACCUUGUUACAUUGUUUCAUGCAUCCAGCGGGGCAUGACAACAAAAUUAGGCAUAAUAAUGUGUUCAUUCCCCGACUGUAUAUAUCGGUAUCGGUUGAUAUCGGAAUCGGUAAUUAAGAGUUGGAGAAUAUCGGAAUAUUGGCAAAAAAGCCAUUAUCUGAAAUCUCUAUAAAGUACAUAUAUUUUGCAUGCCAAAGUAUAUUUUUGAAUUACAAUUUUUUUUUUUUAAGUGUUCACAAUAUUUAACAUUUUCCCUCUUAAUUAAUUACUUUUUCUAAUGAAUCAAAAGUGCAUGACAUAGUGUCUCAUUCGACUCACCUCCAUGCCUCCAUGGGUUUAUCGGUGCGAGCUGUCCAGGAUGCAGUCGGCCAUUCGCCCAAAGUCCCCUGGGAUAGGCUCCAGCUAUAGGCUCCAGCUCGCCCAAAGUCCUCAACUGGAAAAGCAGUAAAAAAAAAUGAAUGAAUGGAUUUGUUGUGGCCUGAAAUUUUUUUGCAUCAUUCGACUAUUUCAAUAGGUAUGUGUUCAUUUUCUCUAUCCACUGCCAACAUGAUAAUAAAAAUACAAUUUAGGUCAAUUUUUUUUCUGGAUUUGAGAUUUUGGGUGUCAUGGAAAAAGUCAUCAUGCAUGUUUUCCGCCUUGCUUUUUUUUUCUUUUUUUCUAAGGAUGACUUCUCCAUGUAAUUUACGCCACAUCGCCCGAAUCCUAUUUUGUUUGUCUUUUUUUUUUUACUACUUGAUGUAUAUUAGUAUAUUUGUGUUUACUCUCUCAGGUUCAUGAGUGUUAAUAGUUGUGUUUUUGCAUCUCAGGUAGAUUGCAAAUGUAAACGGCCCCGAGUAUUUACUGUACUUGUAGUACCGCAGCUAUUCAAACCAGUGAUGAACUUUCAAGAUGUACAUGUAUUUCUCAGCUGUGUGUGUGUUCUUGAUUAAUAUGGUGCACUGUCACAGUAAAUAUGGUUUUGCAUAGACCUAGAUCACAAAGAAAGAACUAGAUUUGUUAAGCGGAAAAAACACCACGUGUACAGUCAGUGUUUAUAAAAGUUCCUUGCUCAUCCGGUAACGUUUAUUUGGUCAAAUGUUUGCAUUGAGCCUCAUCAUCAUAGACAAAGCGAAAAAAAAGAUUGUGUAUUUACUGUGACAUGGAGUACAAUCUGUAACGAGUCUUGGAUAUUUGAACGACGAACCCGGGGGAAAGGUUCGGGGGAGGGUUAAUCUUAAAAGAUUCUUCCUUGACCAAGGCGGCUAUUUUUCUUUUGUGCAGUGAAGAAAUUGUUUCUGUUAUGGCCAUGCAUAUUUUGUAUUGGUUGGCAAACAUUUUUACAAAUGGAAAAAAAAAAAAAAAACUGAAGAGUACUUGUCUUAAUAAAAUAUGUUCAAAGUCGUA